UUUUUUUAAUUUGGCGAGGAGUAAGUGUGUUUGCGCGUGUUUGGAAAUAGUUUUUUUUUAAAACAUAUAACAUAUAUUUAAAAAAAAACAUUUGAAAUUCUGUGACCAGACCAGUCGGCUGGUAGGUUAUGUGUGUUUAAAAAACUGUCAACGGUUGUACAGGACGAUAAUUCUUUCCACCGACCAGCGCGCAUUGAUGUGGAGACCCAUUCUCCUGUGAGCGGGACCGAGCAGCAGCGAGAUGGCUAACAAAACGGCCAUUGGAAACCACCAGCAACAGCAGCAGGCGGGGGGAAGCGUCAAGCCGGCCUCCUCCAUCAAACAGGGCAACGUGCUGCCGCUGUGGGGCAACGAAAAGACCAUGAACCUCAACCCGCUCAUCCUCACCAACAUCCUCUCGUCGCCCUACUUCAAAGUGCAACUGUACGAACUGAAAACCUACCACGAGGUGGUGGAUGAGAUCUACUUCAAGGUUACUCAUAUUGAACCAUGGGAAAAGGGGAGCAGGAAGACUGCAGGCCAGACAGGCAUGUGCGGAGGGGUACGGGGUGUUGGAACUGGAGGCAUUGUUUCCACUGCCUUUUGCCUACUGUACAAGCUGUUUACCCUGAAGUUAACUCGUAAACAAGUGAUGGGCCUAAUAACACAUACUGACUCUCCGUACAUCCGAGGUUUAGGCUUCAUGUAUAUACGGUACACACAGCCCCCAGCUGAUUUGUGGGAUUGGUAUGAACCUUUUUUAGAUGAUGAAGAGGAGCUAGAUGUAAAGGCUGGAGGGGGAUGUGUCAUGACAAUAGGAGAGAUGAUCCGUUCUUUCCUUACUAAACUGGAAUGGUUCUCUACCUUAUUUCCAAGAAUCCCAGUUCCUGUUCAAAAGAAUUUGGACCAGUAUCUCAAAACUCGACCAAGGAAAAUUGCCAAAAAGGAUGGGAAGGAUAGUAUGGAAGAGCCAGAGCGCCUUUCAGAGCGUAGACAUUCGAGGUCACCAAGAAGAUCCCUUACUCCACGCAAAUCUCCUAGGCGAUCUAGAAGCAGAAGUCGUCAUAGAGAAGGCCAUGGAUCUUUUGGUUUUGACAAGGAAUUAGAAAGAGAAAGAGAACGACAGAAAAGGGAACGAGAGCAAAUUAAAGACAGAGAGCGAAGUGAGAAGGAUAGACAUAAAUCUAGAAGCACAGAUAGAGGCCUGGACCGCAGGCGAAGCAGAAGCAGAGACCAUCACAGAAGUCGAAGCAGAGAUAAAAAGAGCGAUAAAAAGGAUAGAGAUAAAGAGAGGGAGAAGGAAAAUGAAAGAAGUAGAAGGCGAGAAAAAGAUUAUGAGAAAGACAAAGAAAGAGUGAGUGAUCGAGAUAGAGAAAGAAAUAUUGAGAAAGAGUCAGAGAGACCUAGAGACCGGGAUAAAAGAAGCCAAUCAAAGGCAGAAGACAGAAAACGUAAGGAAGAAAGAAGAGAAAAAGAUGAAAAGAGGCAUAAGGAUGAUAAAAAGGAUUCAAAAAAAGAUAAAAGGCAUAGUCGAAGCAGGAGCAGAGAGAAAAGACAUAGAAGCAGUAGUCCUGGCAGGGGUCGUGUCAGCAAACGUAGUAGGAGCAAAAGUAAAGAGAAAUCUAAACACCGAAAUGAACAUAAAGAAAAAUCAAACAAAAGAAGUAUUAGCAGAGAAAGGACUGAUGAGAAUGAUGGUGAACGGAUAAAGAAGCAGCGUAGCCAUAGCAAAGAGAAAGCUCGCAAACGCAGUCGAAGCAAAGAGCGAUCUCACAAACAAAGUCACAGUGAUGGUAAGGACCAUUCGAGCAAACCAAGCCACAGAAGUCUCAGUACAGAAAGAGAUGACAAAAGCAUUGCAGAAGGAGUGUUGCAAGGCAAUACCACUGACGAUGACUGAAAUAUUACGUAAAUCUCUAAUUGUACAGUGAAUAAAUUGUUUUGCUUUUGAACAUUUUUCUUUUUUUAAAAAUUGAAUUAUGCUAUGGCUAGGAUAAACACGUCUUCAAAUUCCUGUAGCCUGCAGAUGAUAUUUCCUGUUUGUAGGAAGUGCCUUUGGUAACCGGCUGUUCAACUUACCAUUGUAAUCCAAGACCAACUUUAUGCUGUACAAUGUAGUUGAUACAGAAUUUGUUUUUGUUUGAAAUAAUGUUUUUGCAAGUAUACUAUGUACAUAUGUUCUGAGAGUUUUAAUCAUUGGCACAACUGCCAUGUUGGUUCAUUUUGUAUGAUGGGCAAUAAACUGCCAGUACUUAAAACUGUUGUGUUAAUACACUGAUAGCAUUUAUAUCUGACAUAUAGUGCCCUGUAGUAGAUAUUCCUAAAUUCAACAGCAUUGUACUGGUUUUUAGUUUCUAUUUAUUUAAUAUGAAACAUUGCAAAUCUUUGAGGAAAAAAGUGGAUGAUGGCAUCUUAUUUGGGAGAAGUUAAAUUGAGGAACACCAAAUUUGGUGUUUCUCUGCAUGGCACUCGUGCAAAUAUUCUACAUGGAGAUAGCUAAAUUUAAAAAAAAAUCCAGAAGCAGUAUUGGAAAUAUACUAGAUUUCAAUAUGUGAAUAAGGAAAAUACAAUCAGCUGCUUAUUAUGGUGUUUUGCUUAAGCGGUGAAUCCCUUGCGAGGCAUACUUUAAGUCAUGCACUUUUGUCUUGUAGCUUGACUAAUUUAAUGUGUUCGUUUUGUUUUGAUAAGAUUCAGAACACGUUGAGCUCCGUAAUUUGACCUUCAGCAUGGAUCUGUUCAAUUUUUAAGUCUUAUUGGAUUAAAUAUAAUAAUUUCAAACUUAAAAUACAUUUUUAUAAAACCGGUGUACAUUUUGGUAUACAUUGGAGGAAUACAUUGAUGCAUUUUAACUGUUCUUUGGCAUUGUCGUGUGAAAGAGUUUUAAUGGUUGAACCAAUCUGUUCUUGGUUCCUAGGAUUCAUUUGGAUCAGGGAAGAUCUCUGUCGAUUGUGGUAUACCUAAAACUUUCAUUAUAACAUUGAUAGAAGCUUGCUGAUCUUGUAAAGAAAACUUACCAUUUUAGAGUUUACUUUUUGAAAAACAGAUAUCUAAAUUUACCCAAUGUACUAAUACCAAUCAGUGACAGUAGAAUCAAAUAAAGAGCAGGAUUUCAAAUUAUUCCACCUCAUAAGAGGUAUUUUGCAAGUUGGCUAAAACAAAAAUUGCUGGUAUGUACUUGCCCUAAGGUGUUUUAGUGGUAACACGCCUAUAAAUCUAACGGUACCUAAAUGUUUAUGUAAAUGAAAAGCUCCUCCAAGUUCAAAAAUAUAAAUAACCCACAUAAUAAUUCCCUAGCCUGUUAUAUACAGAUACUUUCCACAGUUGCUAAAGGGGAAUAUUGAUGAGGUGACUUCAAGUUGGGAAUGCUGUUAACCAUGAGCUGUUUUUAUAUAACUUCCAGAAACACUUCCUAAUAUUGCAUGCAUAGAUGUGUGAUGCAAUUUAUGCAGGCGAUUCCAAAAAAUGUAAGGGCAUAAAAGCCAAUUUUAAAUGUAAAAUCUAUUAUCUAAACAUUGGGAUUUGAGAGUAUGGUAAAUGGUUAUAGAAUUAGACAUUUUAGGUAAUUUUUUAGACAUUUGGGAUCAGCAAGACUGAACAAUUGUUUUCAGUUCUCAUUGAGAAUUUUAUUUUAGGUGCUAGUGCUGAAGAAAUGUAUACCAAAUUGGUCUAUAAAAAUAGCUGUAAUUUUUUUCUGAGUGAGAGGAUGAAUACGCAGAAAAUCUGAUCUGUUGUAUAAAUGAAUUUUUGUCAGCUGCUUCACAUGCUGUCAGUUUUUCACAUUUAGGCAGUCACCACACAAAUGAUUGCCCUUUGUGUUAGUCAUUUAUUUUAUUUAAAUUAAUUAUCAAAACGAUGUCAUUUGGUAAACUGCUUAACCCAUAAUUGUUUAAGGCCUCAAUUUUUUUAUUGUAUUCCCUAAGCUCCCGGAGAUCUGCUAUUCCUCAUUCUUCAGAUCCAGCACAUAAUUUUAUUGGAAGACUGGUUCAGCUGAGUAUAAUUAUUUAUUUAUAAUUAUGUAUCCGUUAUAGAGCGUGCCUUUUUUUAAAAAAAAAGCUACUGCCAGAGCUUGCGCAUGGGCUUCAACGUUUCUUCCAUGAGUUACAGCAACCGAGUGGUUCGUGGCAUUAGGAAGUACACCUUAUGAAGAAAGUUUUCAGAAUGUUAACAUUAAGGAGCAAAUACUCAGUACCAUUUAAGUACAAAAAAAAAACCCUAAGGGCAAUAUGGUACCUAUAGGGUUCCUAAUGCAUGCCCCAUGUUUACAGAAAGUCACAUUGGCCAAAAUUAAUUGUCCUUAGAAAAAAGUUGAAUCAGUGAUUUAAUAUCAUCCAAAACAGACCUCACAUAGAGCUUUAAAAAUUAAAUGUAAUUGUACUUGACCUUUUUACUUAAAAUAUAUUGCUUAAACUCCCCUGGUAAAUGCAAAAGAGUAUUAUGUAGCUGCUUCUACAAAUGUAGGGCAAGGAAACAGCCAUUCAUGUCCUGACCCAUACUAUUUUCUAAGUCUCUUAAACUCUGCAGCUGAUCUCACUUUGCUGUAUUUUUUCUCUUUAUAAAUGUCAGAUUAGGAGCCCCAAUGUCUGAACAUAGAUGUUCUGCAAGAAACUGCUGUAUAUAUUUAAUUCUAAGGUGGUCCCUUUUAUUUAAGCUAUUUUUGAAACUCUUCAUUUAAGCAGACCCCACAAGUGAGUAAAGAUUUUAGUACUUUAGCACAUAACCCCUCUUGUUCAAGGCUUAAAUUCAGUCAACGCUUCCUAAUUGUAGGACCACCUUUUUCAAGUACAAGUUCAAUCAUUCCUUCAAAUGCACAAAUGUUUCAGGUGCUGUAAUUCAGUUGUAUAGCUCAGAAUUGUUCCUUUCAGAAGAUAGAGUAGCAGUCAGAUAUUUGCUUCACAGGUAGAAAAAGAGUUCCCUGCUGCUGCUCUUGGGGCAGAGGUGUCAAACUCAUACAGUAUGCUUCAUCUGAUACUUGGUGGGGAUCAUGUUCAGCAGACGUUACUUGGACACCUAGAAAUUGGUAUUUGUUUUGCCAGUUUCUUGGUGACAAUGUGUACCAAUUUCUAGCCUUGAGGUCUUGCAUUUAAUUUGGGCUGGUGCUAUAUCUACUGCCCUAUUGGUCCUCACUAUUUUGGGCAUUGCUAGUGGCUGCUUGAAAUCUGCAUUCAGUCAGCUACUUUCUGAAAAAUGUGUAAAGCACUAUAAGCAUAUUCUGUACUAGCUCUGACUAUCUUUUUCAGUUUUAUUGCAGCCUAAAUGGCAGUCCUUAACAGUGCAGUAGGAAAAGUGCAUCUUCCCCACCCUGUCCUCUUCAGCACUGCUGCAGGCUACAAGGCCUUCCUGCCCUUUCCACCUUCUAGGACUUGUGCUGCAUUAGGCCCAAAUUUGAAGCCCAGUGUUUGGUGUGCUACCUUUGGAGUGUGCCAAGUACCACAGCUCCCCUUAUUAACAUGAGGCCCUGAGUUCUGUUGUACUUAGAUAUACACCCCACUAUUUCUGCAGGAUUCUUGCCUUGCAGUUCUUCAAGAAAUUCUCCUUCACAAUAUGGUUUUGAUGAUGCAGCUUUUUCUUGGGCAAGCACAUGGUAUGCAGCAUUACUUACAUGGUAAGAAUUAGCAAAUGCUUUUGAGGUCAGAAGGUUGAGGGUUAAAAUCCCACUGCAGAGAUUUUACAUUAUUCCAGGCUGACACUUCAGUGCAGCACUUUGGAAGUUCCUUCUCGGUGUCAUCAUCAAACUAUAUCAUAAAAAAACAGAUUGUGGUAACUAUUUCAUCAUUUUGUUGGGUGUUAUGCAAAUUAGCUGCUGUAUUUCUGACAAUACAGCAAUGAUUACACUUCAGAAAGCAGUAAAUUUGAUGUAAAGUGUUUUGGGUCAUCCUAAGGGUGAUGAAAGCUGUAUAAAUGCAAUUUUUUAAAUUUAAAAUUAAUUUAGAAAGAUAAGCCCUCACGGCCAGCAUCCCUCAUUCCAUUGUUAAGCUAUUGGAAAUUGAGAUACCAAUUGAAGCAGCAGCUCCAGAGUUGUUUGUGGAGUUUGUUGCCCUGAGGAUGUGGGGCUGCAGCUUUUGUACUGCUCUUCCUCUGCGAACCCAACAUGGACAGUGGUGAACAGAGCUUGUGAUGUAAAAUACGGGUGUGCAAAUUCCUUGAGUGCGUGAGAAUUCUGUCUGUCUCCUUGUGGAAGCAAUCUAAUACAAUUUACCCAAUCACAAUCUAAUACAAUUUACCCAAUCAAGUAGUUCCCAUGCAUCACACAUCUUUUUAGUGGCUGUGCCUCUCAGUGCCAACUUCAUUAUCCAGACUCCUUGCUCUUAAUCUCAAGCCCCAUUCCCCUGACCAAUUACCGUCUCAACUCGUUUUCCCCAGUCUCCCUUGGGCAACUCUUUUCUCUCAAUUUCCAAUGCCCUGUUGCUCUCCCUCUAUUCCUGCCUUGUCCAAAUCUCCUAAUCGUUAUUUCCCAGUUGCACUUCUCACCUGGGCAACACCCAGACCACCAAAUCCAAAGCUCCCUCAAGCUGUGUUUAAAAUUCUAAUAUAAAGUUAACGUUACAUUAAAUUUCUCAAAUGCAAAUAGGUUCAUUAAUGUAUUUAUUUGUUCCAAUGUCUCUCUGAACUGGAAAAAAUGGCUAGGCUAGGGGCACAGAUAUUCCUCUGGAAUAGCAGCUGUGGUGUUUUGUUUAGAUUUAUGAAGAACGCCAUGUAGAAUUUAACAAUGUUGUUUUGUGAUUACAUUUUCCCAUGUAAAAAUAAAUAUCCUGUUCAUAGUUUUACUACGUUAUACAAUUUAUCAUAUGUCUUCCCAUUGAGAUAAAAUAAAACAUCCAAAUGA